AUGAAACUGGUCACGUGACUUGCUUACUCUGAAUUAUGUCUCGACGUGUUUUUAACAGUUCUUAUCUAUUUUGCCUUUGUAAGUGAGACAGUCGAAGUGGCAUUUCAGAAACAUCUUAAAUUUAUUACGCCCGGAUGGGAUGAAGAUACUCCUUUUACUUUGUUUAUUUGAGGUAGUAUCCAUGAGCGCUAGCAGAAAUUCAACCUGGAGCUGAGAGUACUACUACAAUGUCCAUUGUGCCGUGUUUCCUCUGGCAGGAUGAGCAAAAGUCAAGAGCAAGAUGAAUUCAUAGCUGUGAGAGUUCAGGAUCCUCGUGUUCAGAAUGAAGGGUCGUGGAACUCAUAUGUGGACUUCAAGAUUUUCCUUCAUACAAACAGCAAAGCAUUCACUGCCAAAACAUCCUGUGUGAGGCGGCGAUACAGCGAGUUUGCGUGGCUGAAGAAAAAACUGCAGAAGAAUGCUGGUCUGGUGCCUGUUCCUGAGCUGCCAAAAAAGUCUAUCUUCUCGUUUAUUAAUGAUGACUUCAUCGAAAGGAGGAGAAAGGGUCUUCAGGGCUUCUUGGAUAAGGUGCUGCACAUGACAGUGUGCCUGUCGGAUAGUCAGCUGCAUCUUUUCCUGCAGACUCAGCUUCCUGUCAAGCACAUUGAAGACUGUGUGCAGGGUCACACCCCUUACACUGUUACUGAAGCCAUUCUAAGUUAUGCUUCCUCCAAUCGUGGAUGGGUGCAGGAGGAAGGAGGCGCUGACCAAGAAUCAUGCUCCACCACUGUGUCAUAUGAAUCCGUAGAAAGCCCUGUCGCUCACCUUCCGUCAUUACAAAGUCCAGGAGCCUUAUCUAGUGGACCUUCAAAUGAACUUAUAGACGCUUCAGAGUCGAGACUGAGUGAUACAGAACAGACUGCACUGAAAACAGAUCAUGAACAUCAGCUUGAAGAUGAAGAGAGUUACAUUAAACUAGUAGUUGAAGUCCAUCCAAACUUUCAAGGUUCUGUAGAAACGGAGGAAGAAAGUGCAACCACUGAAUCAGAAGAUGCGGAAAUACUCGAUAAGGACACCAAAGAUCUACAAACGUACAACUGCGAGUCUCCUGCUCCACAGAUAGACGGGAGUCUUGAAGACAAGCCUCUGCAAAAAGAAAAACAUAAUGAAAAUAAUCUAGAUCAAGAACCGUCUUUUGGUGACUAUUUAGUAGACAUUACCUCAGUAGAUAAAGUCAUGGAGAGAGGAACUCUUCAUGAUGUGAAUGAAGCAAUGAAGGGAAAUCAAGAGGACAUCACUGUAGGACAAACCCCUGAUGAGAACAUUCAUGAAGAAGAUCCAAGAGUAAGGAUCCAAAACAAUGAAGUAACUCUAGAUCUCAGUGCUAUCAAGGAAGACGACGCUGAGAAUGUGCCAGAAACUGCAGUUACAACAAUGGAAGAUGUUGCACUCCAAGUAGAGUUAACAGAGAACCAUGCGAUCCAUGAGAAUGGAAUCAGUGAUGAAGACUACAGAGCAGUCCAGGAAGAGGCCGUGACUGAGAAUGAGGAUCAUGUUGGUGAGGCUAACAAGCUCAAUGCUAAAUGCCUUCAAGCCAGCGGUGGCAUUUUAAUACUGGAGGGAAUUGAGGAAGCAGUUAGCACACAAGCUGCUCCCAUGACAGAAACCACCAGCAACCUUGAUGCAAAUACUGCUGAAGUCAACACGCUUGUUUUAAAAGCCAUCGAGAUGGACUCUGUUCAGUGUCAGGAGACGGAUAGUCAGGUCAUCAUCGCUACCCAGCAGCUAGAUGCCAAGUAAUUACCAUUAACAUUAGUAUAGCCAUAGUGUUCAAAGGGUCCCACCUCCAGAUGUUCCUCAGUCAACACUGAUUUAAAAUGGGAUUUAAAUGAAUGAGUAGAUGUAACUAAAGGAAUGCAUCUCAUUUUUUCUGCAUUGAUCUACUAUUGAUGUGUUCAGUUACAGGCUGUUUACAGAAGAUACACUGAAUGAUCAGACCGACUGUAGUUUAUUUUUCUUCCCCUAUAAACAAUGUGAACAAAGAGAUAAUGCACUCGCUCGCGUGCCAUUCAGGAAGCAAACAAAUAGUUAUGAAUCCAUGGUAGCGAAAAAGAGGAACUGUACUGAGAGCAGCACUAUGGCACCUUUAUCUUAGUAUGAUUUUACCAACUUUACAGUCAAGUGACGAUUACUCCAUGACAUGUGCUGAUCUAUUUCAGCAUUUUCACAACACAAUUUUUACUGAUUUGUCACUUUCCAAGGCACUUCCUUUUUCCCCCUUCAGUGAUACUUGCACAUGUUUGCUUUACAGUAAUUUAAAGUGCAAUUCAUCCAAAAAAAAAAAAAAAAAGAUGAUUCUGUUCUCAUUUACAUGAACACAAGAUGUUUGGAUAAACGUGCUUUUCUGUCUAAUGCCGUUUUAAAACUUUCAAAAACUGUUUAACCCCUUAACUUUCACUGUCUACUGGGAUUCUUAUGUUUGCUUUACUAUUUUGCAAUUGAAUCCCAAACCAAUGAUGGAAAACUAAAUAGUGUUGGAAAGGUCGGAGACUACCGAAUACAUAUUUUACCACUUUUUUUACCCAUUCAAUAUUUUAAACCGUAGUAUUUUAGUCUAAACAAAGCAAUCAUGACAAAUUAUAUAUCAUUUAAAAGCUAUGAAUUUCCAGUUUCCAUAUAAUAAAUUACAAGCAUAUAGAGCAAGAAUAAAAGUGAACUAAAUAGUGCUUUAUGGUUUUCUGGGGAAUGUAACAGUAUUCGAGUGCAGAUAUUGAACAAUCAAAUGUAAAAUAACAUGGUUAUCUUUGUGUAA